UUGAAAUGAGAGGAGGAAAGAAGAAGAAGAAGAAGAAAGACUAGUGCAAUCUAGAAGCCUUCCAACGGGGAGGAGAGAGAGGGUAAUCCGGGGAGUAGGACUAGACUACUACUAGUACAUGAGAUCGAUCGAUCGAUCGGCAUCUGCAUCUCCGCCCCCGCCCCCGUGGAUCUGAAGCGGCGGAAGAGGGAUGUCGUCGUCGUCUCCCUCCGGCCACCUGCUCGCCUCUGUCUCCUCCGCCCUCGCCGUCCUCCUCCUCCUCCUCGCCUGCGUCGAGCUCGGCGACGCUGCUGCCGCCGUCGGAGUCUACCGCCUCAUCCAGUACGACCUCGCCGGCGCCCCUCUCGGCUCCCGCGCCGCCGCCCUCAACCACCACGCCGCCGCCCUCCCUCUCCCCGCCGCCGCCGACCUCUCCCGCUCCGCCCUCGUCGCGCCGCUCCUCGAUCUCCCGCUCGCCUUCCUCCGCGACUACUUGGCGGACAAAAAAUAUCUGGGAGGCUUGCUCAUUCUACUGCCUAAAAAACUAAACCAUGAACCCAACAAUGAAGACAAGGGACAAGUAAAGGCUUCUCUGGCUGAGCUGGAACAGUUGCUCUUGCAUCAACAAGUGCCAUAUCCGGUCUACUUCGCUUUCCAGGAUGACCACUUUGAUAACCUGCUGGCGGAUAUACGUAAAAUUGCCUCUUCAGGUCAGCCAGCCUCAGCAACAACAGGAGGUUACAAGCUUGUCGUGUCUACGCCGGAACCUAGAAAAGUGGCAUCUCCGACCAUUUCAAAUAUCCAGGGAUGGUUACCUGGAUUGAAAGGAGAGGGUGAAACUGAACAACUUCCAACUAUUGCCAUUGUUUCAAAUUAUGAUACUUUCGGUGCUGCACCAGCACUUUCUGUGGGAAGCGACAGCAACGGGAGUGGAGCUGUGGCUCUUCUAGAGAUUGCAAGACUGUUUUCACGCCUCUAUUCAAAUCCUAAGACCAGAGGCAAGUACAACCUUCUGUUUGGCUUAACAUCUGGUGGACCCUACAAUUACAAUGGAACUAACAAGUGGCUUAGAAGUUUCGAUCAGCGUGUGCGUGAGAGCAUUGACUAUGCAAUUUGCUUGAACAGCGUUGGUUCCUGGGACAAUGAACUCUGGAUGCAUGUGUCAAAGCCACCAGAAAACCCCUACAUUAAACAAAUCUUUGAAGAUUUCUCUGAUGUCUCUAAAGAGAUGGGUGUUUCAGUUGGAAUCAAGCACAAGAAGAUUAAUGUCUCAAAUCCUAGGGUUGCGUGGGAACAUGAGCAGUUCUCAAGAUUUAGGGUGACUGCACUAACACUUUCGGAAUUGUCCUCUCCUCCUGACUUUUUAGAAAGCACCGGUGGCCUUUAUGACACUAGAGAAUCAGCAGAUGCUGAGUCAGUAAUUAGAACUGUCAGAUUAGUUUCUGAAAGUCUUGCGAGACACAUCUAUGGACUAAAAGGAAAGAAUAUUGAUGUUUUUGCGGAGAACAGCAGUUUAGCCAUCAACCCUCACUACAUCCAGUCCUGGUUGGAUCUUUUAUCACGAACACCACGGGUUGCACCGUUUCUUCAGAAGAACGAUCCCUUUAUAGCAGCCCUAAAGAAGGAACUAUCUGAGCACACUGCUGAUGUCCACGUUCAAAGCGAUGUUCUUGAUGGCAUGUUCACUUUCUAUGAUGCAACAAAGGCAACUCUAAAUGUAUAUCAGGUUGCAAGUGUUACUUUUGAUUUACUGUUCCUUCUGGUGAUUGGCUCCUACCUAAUUAUUCUCUUCAGUUUCCUAGUAAUCACUACACGGGGUCUUGAUGAUCUCAUCAACAUAUUCCGGCGACCACCAUCACGCAAGGUCAAGGGGGCAUAAUAGAAUAGAUUGUGCUUUGUGUAUUAGUAUCCAGGAACGCGCUGCUAGUUAGAAGAGCUAGACACCAGGACGACAGGCGAGACGACCCAGCUCUCCACAGCAAACAGACUUGUAAUUUCAAAAUUUUCAUGUUCGAUAGCCAAUGUGAGUGGCUUCAGAUACUGCAAGGCAGAAACAUCACGAAUUUUGACUGAUGAAGCUGCAUUUUGUUUUAUGUUAUUUUUGCUGGUGCUCGCCAUUUUGGCUACCAUGGAAUCAAAGGGCCUCUUUUGCAGAAUUAUCGAUCCUGUCAGCAGGGGCGGGCUCAAGAUUUAGAGGUUGGGUAUUCGAAAUAGGUAAGGGGUAAAACAAAUUUACACCCAAAAGUCUAAUAAUUGGUUUGUGUAAUAUCAUAUACAAGUAAUAUAUUAUAUGCAUGUAGCCCAAAAUUAUAUACUUAAAGUUAAUUAAAAAUUUUUAAGUGUUA